AUGGGCCUCUUUAACAGAAGAAAGGUCGACGGCGACCUGGGCGUAGAUGUGCCAAUCGACGAUACUGCGACAUCAACCACGACAAAUGGUAGGACAGGAAUCAGCAGAUUUGGCAGAAGCCGCAAAGCUGCUGAUGCACUUUCGUCUCGCUCUACCACAGCUGGAGUGCCCUCUCUAAGAGCAAUACGCCUCGUGCAACUGCUGGUGGCGAUUCUGAUCCUGGGCCUUGUCGCGUAUGCUGUCAAUGUGUUCUCGGCCACGUUCUUGCAAUCUGCAUACAUACCUGCACUGGUAGCGGCUAUCCUGACUAUCCUGGCCACGAUUCCAUUGGCUUUCCUGCCGCGUUUGCCUGGUCUCUUUGCGCAUCCACUUUCUGCUGGAUUGGUUGACUUGUUCUUUGCGCUGUUCUGGCUGGCCAUCAUGGCUGAGCUUGCCGCAUAUUCCGACGUAGCUGCCCCAAGGGAUUUUACAUACUAUACGGGCGGCCUCGGUCAGCAGACAGACGGUAAUGCUGCAUAUGCCGCUUACAGCGGCACGCUGAACNNUCGACUCAAGACGGCAUGGGCAUGUGGAGCUGCCGCUGCUGCUUUCUCUGGCCUAGAGUUUGUUUUGUUUCUCGUCAGUGCAUUGCUACCUCUACGUGGUCGCUUCGUAGGGCCCGUCACAGGAACUGAUAGCGCUGGUGUGCCUACUAACCACCAUGGCUCUGCUCUUCACAACGGUACUGAACCACCGUUCGAGAUGCAGACGAGAGAUGCUGGUCACACUGGACCGGCGAGCCCGACGAGUCCAGGAAAUAUGCAUGGUGUAAACAGUACAAGUGGAGUUCUCAGCAGCAGUAACACGAACAUGGUCGGAACAGCCCACAGCAACACAUUCGUGCCUACUCCUCCUGGGCAGCAUGAAGGUGCUUUCGGAGUUGGGGACAGAGCAAACAUGAUCUGA